CUGUAAGAGUCCUGUAGCGGCACGCACAACUUUGACUGGUUUGCAACUGAUAUGGUAUAUAAACACAGGUAGUUUCGAAUGUAAAAUCAGUUCAACGGGGUGACUGUUCGUGAGAGAAGCAAAAGAAGAGACAAUUGCAGUUAAAGAACGAGUUGAUCUAUACUAAAAACACUUGUUGGUGAGUUAGUGAAAUAACAUACUCCUAUUUAUUAAACUUUCUGCCUUAAAAGUACAGUGUGUACAUGCUAUACGUACACUUGCACUAGCAAACCCACAUUAAUAUCGACAUUUCUAUAGCGCAAAUUUAUAUGCAUGUGGAUAUCAUCUAAUGCGCUAAAUUUACAUCAAGUAUUACACUUACCUAAUUGCUUAACCCAGACUAUUUUUUCUUUUACAACAAUUGUGAUAUUACGUUCUCAAUUAUGUUUAUCCCAACCAAUCCUGUCAACUUUCUUUGUUUAUCCCAAUCCACCCUAUCAACUAAAUGAUUUCGUAGCGAGAAUCGAACCCACGAUCCCACGAACCCAGGAAUGCGCUUGCUACCUCUGACGACUACGCCACCGAAGUCCCGUAGAGACGGUUUUCCACUAGGCGAAAUUUUUCGACCGAAUCGAAAUUUUAUUUUGUCUUUACAAGCACUGAGAUGGAACUAAACAGCAAUCUUUUGAAUUUGAACAAUAGAAAUUUAAGUUCGAUCGAAAAAUUUCGCCUAGUGGGAAACCGCCUUAAAUUGCAAUCGUCUAUACUCUGUCUUGGUAUGAUACCUUCCUUGAAAGGACUGAUACGCUUAGACUAAAAGGUCACCACAAUAUAGCGUCAAUAUAUGCUGAAUUAUAUACUAUGAUCGUUUACCAGCAGACAAUAUAUAUUUCGCACAAUCAUAAGAUGAAACGAACUCAAGAUACGAGCUGUUUAACAAGAUAACAAAAUCAAAGGUAAUAUUACACCACCAGUUUCAUCCCACAGGGAAAGUUGACAGGGUAGGUUAGGAUAAACACAGUUAAGAAAGUAAUAUCACAAUUGUUGUAAAAGAUAAAAUAGCCUAGGCUAAGUACUAUGUAAAAAGCGCGAUUUCGAAACGCGUUUUGACAACGUUGAUGACGGUAACUUUAUGAAACUGAUCAAAACAAAUUUUAAAUUUCAAAAUUUAGUGAAUGUUGAUUGGUUAAUACUUCCGUAGUACGCUAAAAAGUUGACUUGCGACGAACUUUUUAUUUUGAUACGCGAAUCAACCGGAAGUACGUAAAUUUGAAAACCCAACUUCAAGUUGCGCAUGCUCACCUGUACGUUACGGAACGAUGCAGGCGAUGUGGAAAACGGCCUUAACCUCCUACUGUGAUCCGUCAUAUAAAACAACACAAAACUGAUACUGCAUUUUAACAAGUCAUAACUUAAUAGCGGUUUGAAGGCAUCGAAAGAACUGGCAGUUUUUCCAUAAUUAAUAAGUGUCGUUGUAAAUGUAGUCCCCUUGCUAUUCUCUCGCAUCUCAGCUGAUUACGUCAACUUCCUGUUAUGCUACCUGUAUGAAGAUCUGAGCAUGGACGCUUGUAAAUUGUUUGACAAUGACUUUGAAAUAAAGUCGAAAUAUUACCUUGAAUUUUCUUAUCUUGUUUAAUUAAACAGUUCGAAUUUUGAGUUUUCAAGAUGUUAAUAUUCGGAAUGUGGUUCAUCUUCUAUGCUAUAAUUUGAGCGAUCUUUCAGCGCCAUUUAGUGGUUAGCUUUCAAAAACAUAUCAUAUAUAGGUCUGCAAUGAAUUUUACGUAAGCAAUUCUACUCUGUAAAAGUGUUUUAUCAAAUUUGAGAAGAUUUAUGAAUUAUAUAGUUAAAUUUAGUCUGUAAAUAAAGAAGUCUGAUAAUAUUUUCCUUCUUAUCGAUGUUUUCAAUACACGAACCGCUUCACGUAAAUUUUUCCCUUGUUGUUUUCCUAAAUUUUCCCAAUUUUUUUUCCACUUUUAUGUUUUCAGACGUUUUACUCAAAUAUUUUAUUUUCGUUCCUUCCUAUCCAAUCCAUGUUUUGCCGAAUGGGAAUUUGCCAACUGAGGAUUUGGGGUUGUUCCACCCCCACACCCUUCUAGCGCCGCCCAUGCCUCCAGUAUAUAUUUAGCCUAGUGUCUUACUCAAAUCCCGAUGCACAAACUAUAUCAUUCGCAUCCAACGUAGUUGAUCGUGAUGGUCCAUUUCAGAAGUCCGCUUUGUGAUAGAAAAAGUUCAUGGAUUAUAAGUUUUAAAAUACAAACCUUUUUCUUAUCUACUUACAACUUUUCUUUCAUUUCAGACAAGUCAACCAAGCACCCAUCAUGAAUAUUCAAUUUUUCCUUGCAUUUGUUAUUGCAAUGGGAUUGGUAGCCGGUCUUGAAGCGAAGUGCUGCAAGAGAAAAGGACCUCUCUGCUGUGGAAAUGGCAAAUGCGAUGCGCUCUGCUGUAAUUGUGAUGGUGGAUGCAACGCACAUUGCGAGCUGAGCAACGUUAAUGGUUGUAACGCGUUGCAGUGGUUAGAAUGUUAUGCUACUGUGGCUGAAUGUGCAUCUGAAUGCGUUGACCCUGCAGAUCCGCUGUGUAUUCUGUGUUUCGGUGAUUUGUAUGAAAAAUGUAAGGGCUGUCUCUCAUCAGAAGUUGAUAGACAAAGAGUUCGUGAUGACACCAAAUACAUGUUGGAUGCUUAUCAUAAAGAGAUCUUACCCUAUAAUAUAUACCUUGGAGAAAUAUUGAAAACUGCUGAAGAGAAACAAACUAAGGACAAGAAAAACGAACUUUAAGUAUAUAUUAAAUAUUUCAAAGAUUAACUUACAUUUUAUUAACAUGAUUCUCGCAGUAUAACAUUAAGGAUAAUUAUAUAAGCUAAAAAUCUUUCAUUGUUGUAGUAUUGGCAUGCAAGAAGUAUAAAGCUCCUCAUAUAUCUUCAAGUAGAACAUAACCAUUGUAAUUUUGAGUGCCUAAACGUGAAUUAGAAUAAACAAUCAGUACUUUCUGUAAACCUUAACCAUGUCUUACCAUUCAUUUCCGAGGGUUCGAAAUUCU